AUGAACGUCUUAAACCAAGAGAUACACCCCAAAUCCUGGCCCGAGCUCCCUCUUGAUCUCUUGAUUUCUGUUUUCAAACGCCUCAGCUUUGCUAAUUUCCAACGGGCGAAAUCGGUAUGUUCGUCUUGGCAUUCUGCUUCCAAACAAUGUAUACCCAAAAACCAGAUCCAUUGGCUGGUUCUCUUCCCAGAAGAAAAUAACAACAACGAUAACUAUUCGUGCACGUUGUUCAAUCUCGAGGAAAAAGAUAAACUUUACAGAACAAAAGAUCUUUCUCUGGAAUUUGCAAAGAGUUCUUGUAUAGAGACCUACAGAAGCUGGCUCUUGAUGCGCAAUCGUAUGCAUAAUCUCUACAUUGUGAAUCUCUUUACCCAUGAGAGGAACGAUCUACCUACCGUGGAGGCACAGCAUGGAGUGACAAAGAUGGAGCGAACCUUAGAUGAUGAUGUGUUUCGCAUUACGAGUCACAACGGAAAGGAGUACAAAGGUAUUCGUCUACGAUCUCCCGUGCUUUGGAUUGAUGAGAAAACCAGAGAAUAUGUUGUGUUAUGGGAACUGCACGCAUUGUGCGUAGUUUAUUCGAGAAAAGGAGAUACCUCUUGGAAUCAACUUCCUGAUACCUCAAGAUGCUGUGACAUGGUUUACAGCGACUCCAAGCUUUACUUCUUAAGCUUAUCUGGUCAGUUCAGAAUCUUUGAUUUCUCUGGAGAAUUUCCAAAACAAACCUUUCAGUGUGGGGUUAUUGUGGAAAUAUUUCGGUUAGGUCUCCAACUUCGUCAACCAAGUAAUUCCUGGAGCAUUGUUGCUACCAAACUUGUAGUCACUGUAACAGGAGAAGUCCUCAAGGUUGAAAAAUGGUGGAAAUCGAGGUCUAAAACCUGGUCCUUCCGGAUUUUCAAGGUCUGUUCAUCAGGAUUCCUGAAGAAACGUGAUCGGAUUAAUUCUUUGGGCGACGAGUCAAUACUUUUGGAUCAAGGCAUCACAGUUCUCGCGAAUGACACUGAUGGGUUCAUUAAAAAUUCGGUCUAUUUCAGUGUUAGUGUUGCAAAGGACGUACAUGACAUCUUUCUUUUUAAUCUCGAGACACAGAAAACAGAGCCGCUGCACAGAUUUGAUUGUUCUUCAGUUCAGUUCUCUAGAGCUCGAUGGUUCUUACCAAGUUUUUAAGCAAACAUGAUUGAUAUUAACUAUUGCAUGUUCUACUCUUCAGUAAUAUGUUUUGAUCAAUCUUUUGUUAACUUUGUUUAGUGAUGAUCUCAACUAUAUUUCUUACCAACGAAUCUCCCAAAAUAUUUCAGGCUACAACUCUAUUUGGUUCUGCAAAGUUGUUAUCACAAGA